AUGUCAGCGCCCAUGUAAAAAAGAAAAAUAACAUUUUUAAUAUUUUUUACCAAUACAAAGAAAUUUAACAGCUUAUGUGCAAGAAACUCAAUAGACAAACAUAAUUAACAGUGAACUUACCGAACAUUAGACCAUUUGGACAGCAGAAGUGAUGAGUUUAGAUGAGAAUGAAGAAGAUUACUGGGGUUCGUCUAAAGUCAAGAAAAAAGUCAACAUAUUCGAUGACAGUGUAACAGUUGAGGCUGCAUCAGAUUUGGCAAAGUUCCAAAAAAGUCUAGCAGAUGAUGAUGAUGAUGAUGGUAUUGGAUUUGGGGAUGAUCCUUCAUCAUCAAUUCAGAGCUUAUCAAUAUCUCAGGGCCAAAGUUUACCAUCACAAACAAGGACUUCAAGAGAUACAGGCUUCAAGACACCUAGUGCAGGGCCCAGUCAACCCAGACCCAGGUUUGAGCCUCAGAUAGCGCCUCCCCAGAGACCCUUACCAUCCCAUAUGACACAUAGCAGAUCUAGAAGUGAUGUGAUGGUGAGCAGCAUGGGAAAGAUGAGUUUAGCACAAUCACCCAGCACCCCUGGUUAUAAAAUGGACAGUGAACCAGAUCUGUCUACAGUUCUAGGGAGCAAUGAGCAGAGACAGACAAAUAGACCUGCUCUGAGCAGACAGGAGCAAGAAAUAGAGUAUCUGAAACAAAAAUUACAGCAAGCUGAAAAUGCUAUUGGUACAGCCAAGUUGAAAGUUGAAGAAACAAUCAAAAGAAUGAUUAUGGGCCAGCCAUACGCGUUGGAACAAUAUAAAUCAAAAGAAGAGAAGCUGGCAUUACUGGACAAGGCUAUAGACACACAUGAUGGAAAUGCUAUAAUUGCUAGUGUUGUGUUUAUGAAGAGAACUUUGAAGGACGGUAUUUUUAACUUGGAAUUGUUGCGGAGACCAGAGGCUGUUGACCAAUAUUUAGCCUACCUCAAAGCUCACUACAACCUUAAUGAAUAUUCUCAUAUGUUAGAGAAAGCUCAUGCUGCAGGGAAUAAUAAAAAUGUUCAUGGAAUGCUGAACAGAGCAGAAGAAUUAGCUAUGUUUAAGUACAAACAAGCUGUCACUGUUGACGAUCCUUCUGCCAAAAUACAGAGAGUGAAGGGAUGUUUACAAGCCCAUUUUGAGACGACCCCUGGGUUAGAGCAUGACUGCGGUCUGUUACAACAACAAAUAUCCUUACUACAGAGGCAGAGGCCCGUUGAUGUUGGUGAUGAGAUGAUGGAGAAGGAAGGCAAACAUAUAGUAUUUAACCAGAUGCCGAGGAAAGCUUCAAUCAUCAACAUGCCUGUAAUCACUACACUCUAUUAUUGUUGUUUGUAUCACUACGAAGACGGUGAAAAUCUCUUGUCAAGUCCUGCUGGCAUCCGUAAAGAGCAUCAGUUGACAGAGAAACAAUUCAUAUGGACUGCAAUAAAAGCCAGAGCAAGGUUGAGAAAGUGGACAGAUAUUGAAGAUAUGUGCAGAACUAAGGGAUUUUUCGGUACAAAAAUGAGGUGUGUUAUAGGAUUUGACAAGGUUGCUUUCAUUUUAAACAAUGCAGGAGCACCACAAAAGGAAGUUAGUAAAUAUUUGAUGUUGGUUGAUGAUGUUGAAAAACGUUUAGAACUUGCAAAGAAAUUUUCCUGUCAUCAUGCAGCUAUUGAGACAUAUCGUGCACAAAGAGAUAAACAGGGAUUACAAAUGUUCAUACAGAAAUUAAAACCAAACUCAGAAGAGUGGUUUAUAGCAAAUGGUGCUUUACAGGACAAGACUGUGAAAUGGAAGACUUGAGAACUUGUAGUCAUAUAUAAAACUAUCUCUGUGAUAUUAAUUGAUUCUUACCAUUCCAUGAAACAUAACAGGAAUUAUGUGUAGACACAUCUUCUAACAUAUCUGUGUAGUGACUUCUUUUAAAAAAGAUGAAAUGAUAAAUCUUAAUUUUUUUGUAUGUUUUUGCUACCAGUCCAUAUUUGGAAUACUUGGGCUUAAUCCCAGUCAUGGUGCAAAAUUUGUUGAAAUUCUUUACAUCAGUAAAGUUGUAUAUGUGAAAUGAAAAUGUAUUCAAGGGAAUAAGGUGAAAACGUGUCAAAAUUCCACCAUCUUUUUUUGAUUAAAUUUAAUCCUUUUUAAAUAGAAAAUUAUUUCAUGUAUGUAAACUUAUUGAAUCUUAUUUAUGAAAUGUAUCUACAGAUAUAUCUUUUUGUUUUUUAUGGAUGUACAUGUGCUUGAAAUACGUUUUUUACAUACGAAAUUUGUUUUUCAAUAGGAUUAGUAAAUUUUUGUCUUAUCAUGUCAAGUGUAUUAGUUAUUACAUAUAGACUGCCCUGUAAUAGUGAAUUUUAACCCUUCUUCAAACAAUGAGUGAGUGCCUAUGCUUUAAAUUUAGAAUCAUUAUUUAUGCACAAAAGGGCAGCCAGGAAAUCUAGAAAGUCAUAUUAUCUUCACAAUAUUUGUGUCACUUUAAAGUGAAUUGGUCUGUAAUGAGAGUUCUGUUAUAUAAUAUGUAAUUAUGUUGAUAGUAUAUAGUACAAGACAUUACAACUACCCUGGUAACCAAAAAAAGAAUUACAUAUGAAUGUUGUUGGCAAGUGUGAGAUACUUUAACCCAAUUUUACAUAUAUUCAAAUAGCAGAUAAUAAGUUUUUCUAGAACAGAAUGUUAUAAUCUUGGGUGAACUCGACGUACACCUUUUUACUUUCAUUUUUUCAGAGUUUUUAGGGGCUAUAUUCAGUGGACGCUGUACAACAGUGAUUAUUUGUAAUAUUUAAAGAUCCUGUAUGUUUUGUGAUUGAUAUUGUUACUGUGUGUAUACCACACUUGCAAAAUGUUAUAUAUAUUUAUAAUUAUGCAAAUAAAACAAUUUUCAAACAUGGAAGAAUAUGUAAAAUGUGUAGUGCAAAUAUUUGUGCACAUUAUAUUUACUCAAUAAAUUAUAUGCAUUCAUUUCUUAUUGGAAAAUUUGACUUAGAAUUUAAAGAACAUAAAUUUCUAAUUACCUCCCUUUAUUUACAUUCGGAAAUAUCUUUAUAAAUUAUAAGAUAAUGCUUAUUGGAACUUACAAUAUUGACAAAUCUUAAUUUGAGCAUCAAAUUUUUAAAAUAAAACCAUGAAAAAAAUGUGUUACAGGAUCUUUAAAUGUUGUUACUAUAAAUCAUGUAGAACUUUAUCUAUAUCUUUUUCAAGCAGUAUACAUAUGAAAAUAUUUCUAUGAAAUAUUUCAAUCAUUUUCAUUGAUAUUUGAAAACCUUUUAGAAAAUGUAAAUCAGUCCACUUUAAAUCUCAACAAAUUAAGAACAAUUAAGAGGAAAUGUAUUUAUAGAUAUAUUUAUGUCCUCUAUAUGUUUAUAUGCCUAAUCCUGGUGAAGUUGUAUAAUGGUUUUGUCUUGCUAUAACUCGGAAAUAUCCAUAGUCAGUUUUUGUGAAUUUCAAUUAUGCAUUGAAGAGCAGAGUGGCAUAUAUCUGUACUUAUGAUAUAGGCAGUCAUUUUUGCUAAUGGAAUGUCUCGGCUUAACCUGCUGGCAGCAAAAGUGAUUUGCUGUCAGUAUAGAGCCAGGCCAGCCUGCACAUCUAUAUUAUGAGUCUGAUUUGGCUCUGUAAUAUAGGCAAACUUUCUAGUUUCAUCGUAAUAUCCCCAAAAAUGAUAAUGGAAAGUUCGAUGAAAGAAUUCACAGAUUUGAUCCAGUGAAAAUAGGACAAGUUCAGAACAUAAAAGCAGAAGGCAAAGGCAUUGUUAAUUUUUGAAUGUGCACCUGUUUGUUGUUAUAAUUGAGUAUUGUAUACUUAGUUUGUAUUGUCUUUUUACACAUUCACAUACAUGUAUUUUUGUUUUGUUUUGUAAAUUGCUGGUGCAAUUUUGUUGCAGAAUUAUGAAAACAGUAAACUUUUAAAAAAAAA